GCCCUGCGGCGGCCGGAAGCGGCAGAGGGGUCAGCGCGCGGGGGCCGUACCGGAGACCCGGGAUCUGCACCGGCCUCGGCAGCGGAGGGCCUGAGGCGGACGUGGAUGGCGGAGUCCGCGGCGCAGCCACCGGGGGGCGCCCCGAGCCGGCACGAGAAGAGCCUGGGGCUGCUCACGACCAAGUUCGUGUCUCUGCUGCAGGAGGCCAAGGACGGCGUGCUCGACCUCAAGCUGGCAGCAGAUACCUUGGCAGUGCGGCAGAAGCGGCGCAUUUAUGACAUCACAAAUGUCCUUGAGGGCAUAGGGCUGAUUGAGAAGAAGUCCAAGAACAGCAUACAGUGGAAAGGAGUAGGUCCUGGCUGCAACACCCGUGAAAUUGCCCACAAGCUGAUAGAGCUGAAGGCAGAGAUUGAGGACCUGGAGCAGCGGGAGCGGGAGCUGGAGCAGCAAAAGAUGUGGGUGCAGCAAAGCAUCAAAAAUGUGACGGACGAUGUACAAAACAGCCGGUUAGCCUAUGUGACUGAUGAGGACCUCUGCAAAUGCUUUCCAGGUGACACACUGCUAGCCAUCCGAGCCCCAUCGGGUACUCAGUUAGAGGUUCCUGUCCCUGAGGGCUUAAAUGGUCAGAAGAAAUACCAGAUCCACCUGAAAAGUACAAGCGGUCCAAUAGAUGUCCUGCUUGUAAAUAAAGACGCCUGGAGCUCUCCUCCAGUGGUACUACCUGUGCCUCCCCCGGAAGACCUCAUUCAGUGUCAGCCGGUCACACUCUCUAAGGCACAGAGACCACCUGUUGCCCACUUCCAAGAAGCAUCUCUUCCCAGUGGUACACACCCUUCUGCACCAGUUCCCAACAGCACACAGGACCAGGUCUCUGCUGUGCAGAAAACAGCCAGCGCCACAGAUAGUGGCGUCUCAACGGCAGAAUCGAGAAGCAGCGGGGAGCUGGACCCACUUGCCCCCUCGACAGCACCAGCCAGCCCACCUGCUGGCCUGGACACGCAGCCCCUCCAAUCCUCCGCCUUGCUGGACAGCAGCUCCAUCCUGCCCAGUCCCUCCACCUCCUUUGAGCCAAUCAAGCCAGACCCCACAGAAAUACCGGAACUUCCCAAAGAGCUUUCGGAGAUGUUUGAUCCAACAAGAGAAUGCAUGAAUUCUGAGCUGCUCGAAGAACUAAUGUCAUCUGAUGUAUUUGCUCCUUUGCUCCGUCUCUCCCCGCCUCCUGGUGACCACGACUACAUCUACAACCUGGAUGAGAGCGAAGGGGUGUGCGACCUUUUCGAUGUGCCUAUCCUCAACCUCUGACUCCUGGCAUAUGGAUGGACUUUAGGAUACAUGUUUUUUAAAAAACAAACAAACCAGUCCUUGGAAAAACCUGGUGUUUUUUUGGAUUCCUUUUCUGCUCUAGUGCUUGAGUGACACACUUGGCUGCUCUGGUCUUGACUGAAGAUCAACAGGGAUGGACUUGCGGACCAAGCAGCAGCAGGAGCAGCAGCUCCCUUUCCUGGCUUCUUUUCUUCCUUUCCUAUGUUGCACAAGGCAGUCCCCUGGUUUCCCUCUUGCUCCAUUUUUGGCUGUCCUUUCACUAGAUCUGAGGCCUCCUUCCCAGCGGCCUGCGGUCAAUUCUUCCUGAACAGCAGAAGAGCUUCCUUGGGUCUGCAAGCCUGGCUUGGCUGCCCUACACUCCUGGUGGCACUUUCUGGAGAGAAUAGGAGGGAUGAACAACGGGGGCAGGGAAGGCUCAUGCUGUCUUGUCUUUAUAGCUUGUCUCUAUGUAUUUCAGAGGUGCUCAUUUCCUUUUCUCUCUCUGGCAACUACACACUUUGACACAAGGAACGAGGGGGAGAGGGGGAAGCGACGCCUUGUCAACCCUGCCUUGGAUCCAUUUUAUGUAUGGAAGGUGCUCAGAAACUUCUUCCCGAGUUUCAGCCGCUUCUGUUUCACUUUGAGAGCACGACGAUCACUCGGUCUUGCAAGCCGAAACAUGUCCAGUUCUUCUCCUUUAGCCGUGUAGAGGUGCCAGUUUUGCACAGUCACUUUUCCUCCAAAGAGUCAGGAUGGAGAAACAAAUUGCCCCCUCCCCAACAGCCAAGUUGUUUAGGGAUGGGGAAGCUUGGCUGGGAUUGCCUGCAAUGCAAGGCCCUGAGCUCGACAGUGAGAGCCCAAGAGGAGGGGCUUGGAUUGAGGGAAGGGGCCAAGUCUGGGUGAUUUAUUUCCAUAUCCUCGGUCAAUGCUGAAGGUGGGCUUUUUUUGAGUGCAUUCGAGCUACUGCAUUUUUCCCUUUCCAAAUUGCUGCUUUCAUUUGGAUGCCCAUCCGUGCAGCUUAUCUUCUCUCCCAGAGUCUGUAUGCGACACAUCUUCCCCACCUUCCAACACUGAGUAUUGCUCACCUCCCCACCUGCACCCGUGAACCUCCUCCUAUGACUCCUUUGCACUUCUCGACCUCUUUCCCGUAACCGCAGUGUUGCUCUCCAGUCUGCAGUUGUGCUUUCACCAGAUGCCAGCCCCUAACUCACGCUCCCUGGCCCGUAACCUUUGCACAGUUCUUGGCCGCAGGCACUGAAUAUGAAGGUGGUGCUGCCUUGCACCCUAACCUUAAAAACUGCUGCUUGGGUGAAGAGUUUGAUUUCAGUGGGAUUUAGACCUGCAGCCCUAAGCACACUCACCACUAAGCCGCCCAUAUUAAAUCAGGGAAUGUUUGUGUUGUCAUGUGGUAGCUUUUGGCCAGCAAGAGCUAGUUUAAGCUGGCUGCCCUGUCCUGCUUCCUAAGAGUGGCCACAAGGGUGUAAGUUGUGCGGCCGAUACUUCCCUCUGUAUGGAAUAUACAGCCCUACAAUUCCUCGGCAUCCUUUCCAGAGUGGGAACUUGUUAAUACUCUGCUUCCAGAUGCUUAGUGUUUAGAGAAGCCUCUGGUGUCCUGUUUAGCAGGGAUGGGCAACGUGGUGUCCUCCAGAUGUUGUACUCCAACUCCCAUCAGCCCCAGCCCACAUGGUCAGGGAGCUUUGGGAGUUCUAGUCUAGCCACACCUGGAGGGCUACCCAUGUGCUUAGGCACCUGUGAGGACACCUUCCUGGCCUGCAUGUGUCUGUUUCCAGAGCAGUUCCUGCAUUGCACAGAUGCUCUAGGAAGCCCAGAGGUGUGUCCCAUUUCUUCCUCCCCAAUAGGCUCAGGGGCUUCUCUGUGUCUUUGGGAGGGAUCUGUUUAGCAGCUGAACCGUCACUUCCCUUUGCUAUAAAUUUCUUGCCUUCUCUUUAGAUGACGUCCUGGAAAAGAUACCUAAAGAAAAUGUACAAUGGGAAGGGGGGUGGAAAUGAACUUUGAUUCAUAUAUAAAGAUUAUUUUUAUACUUUUUGCAGCAAGAGACUUGCCUGUAAUAUUUGUACAGUUUUUGUUUUUUUGAGUGAAUAAACAAAACCUUUCCAAA